GAAGAAAAGGAGGGGUAAGCCUUGCUUCCCUCUCUGCCUGCCUCCGAAAGCCAAACAUGGCAUCUUCCAUGAGGAGCUUGUUUUCAGAUCACAGCAGAUAUGUUGAAUCUUUUCGGAGGUUUCUCAACAGUUCCACGGAACACCAGUGCAUGAAGGAAUUCGUGGACAAGAAGCUGCCAGGCAUAAUAGCAAGGAUUGGAAACACAAAAUCAGAAAUUAAGAUUCUAAGCAUAGGCGGAGGUGCAGGUGAAAUUGAUCUUCACAUUCUCUCCAAAGUCCAGGCUCAAUACCCAGGAGUACAUAUUAACAAUGAGGUUGUUGAACCGAGUGCUGAACAAAUCACCAAGUACAAAGAGCUUGUAGCCAAGACAUCAAACCUCGAGAACAUAAAGUUUGCUUGGCAUAAGGAGACAUCAUCUGAAUAUCAAAAUAGAGUGAUGGAGAAAAAUGAGCUUCAAAAGUGGGACUUUAUUCAUAUGAUUCAGAUGCUGUAUUAUGUAAGAGACAUCCCAGCUACCCUGAAAUUCUUCCAUAGUCUCUUAGCUACUAAUGCUAUGAUUCUCACUGUUCUUGUGUCAGGAAACAGUGGCUGGGACAAGCUGUGGAAAAAGUAUGGAUCCCGCCUUCCCCUGGAUGACCUCUGCCAGUAUGUCACAUCGUGUGAUCUCACUCAGAUGCUGGACAACCUGGGCAUUAAGUAUGAAUGUUAUGACCUUCUGUCUACCAUGGACAUAUCUGACUGUUUUAUUGAUGGUAAUGAAAAUGGAGACCUGCUUUGGGAUUUUUUGACUGAAACCUGCAACUUUAGCACAACAGCACCACCUGAUCUCAAAGCAGAAAUUAUGAAAGAUCUACAAGAGCCUGAAUUUAGUUUUAAGAAAGAGGGGAAGGUUCUUUUUAAUAAUACUCUGAGUUUCAUAGUGGUUCAGGCAUAACUAUACACAAGAGUGUAUUCAAAAAUUGUAUUCUAAACAAUGUCGCUCAUUCGUUUCUAUAUUAAAAUUACAAAUUUAUUUCUAUAUUAAAAUUAAAAAUCAACGUAGAUAGAGCAUCAUAUCAUAUAUGAAAUCUGGAAAAUUCCAAGACAUUCUUGGACUUCCAUGUAGAAUCAUGUGGGAUACUGUUGGUCUUAUUCUGUCCUCUUGCAGGUAGAGAGACCAUGAGAGGCUAAACACCACAUAAGCUGGAAAAAUGAGACAAAUGAGUUUCCCUGGGUUAUUGACAAUAAAAUCCUUUCCAUUUGCUGAUUGUAUUGGAAUUUCCUAGAAUUCUAAUAAAAUAUAUGCUAUGGAUUCUUUAAA